CCGGCAGCCUCUGAUUCAGUUCAAUGUUUAUUAUCGUUUAGUGAGGAAGGUUUGCUGGCAGUGUCUCCUCUCCUACAUCUCAGUGGCACUGCCUCUUCGUCCACCAUUGUGAACACUAACCUCGAGUAUUACGAACGAAUUCUGAGGAACCAAGCUUUCAUAAGUCGUAUUUUAGGGUCUUUAUAACGUAGUUACUCCAUUAAUGCAGUGGCUCCAGUGUCUGGUAGUGUGGUCGCGUGCCUGACUUAGGGCAUCAUCUUACUCCUAAAUUCAUCAGCUUGUUCAAGGUUUACCUUGGAGACAGCUUAGUCCACGUGUCUCCAGUAAGUAGCUGGUGAUGAUAUUAGGAGACCAGGAAAAUAAAACCAAGUGCUACAACUUAUAUAUUGUAAGUCAAGUUGAAGGGGAUUGAGAGGAGUCGUCGUCUCUUAUGUUUUGUCAUUUAGUCACCAACCUCUUGAUUAAUCAAAUUUAAAAGCAAAGAGGAGAGAGUAAAACAAGAGAGAAGAGCAGACGACACUAUCACCGGCUCAAACAUCAAUAGAGGGAUAUUAAAGCAGAAAUAUUCAACAAUGUGAGGAGACAAAUAUGGUGUUGUGGGGGACGAAAUUGUUGGGAGAAAUGUUGCUUUUUUGAGACAGGAAAACAAGGGGCCAUCUAUAAUGAAUACAAAAGUAUAUUAUAAAAUUCAUCUCGGAGAAAAAGCUUGUUUGAAAACGCAGUAAAUUCUUAAUUCAACGAGAAAAUGGAUAGAUUUAACAAUCACUGGGAGCAUUUUUGAAAUGUUAGGUUGGACCUUGAGCGGAAGAUGUGAACUGUGAGACAGUGACUUAACUCCACCCCAGCAUCAUGGUGCAGAUGCUAUGCAAGGUGUGGGGUGUGGGCAUGUUCAGCAUCGUAGCCCUCACUACUAGCAACAUCCUGCUGACGCUCCGACUGAUGCAUGGGCGUGAGGACGUGGGCGUUGGCGGCGGGUGUGGUGGGGUGGUUAUCCCCGAGGUUGUGCCACACUCGUGGACCUCUGCGCUCUCCUCCACCAACCACACGGAGUACCUGGCCUUCCUACGCUCUGCAGCUAUCAACACUGACCCUACUGCCGGCGGCGACGGUGAAGGGAAGCAGAAGGACACUGAAGGGGUGGUGAUGGGUGCUGGUUUCGUGGUGGACGAGGUGAUGGGACGGUGGGACGCUCGAAGACGUUACAAGACUCACGACCACGUGUUCACAGGUCCUCAGUAUACCAGACUUACCCGAGCUUCCCCUGUCUGUCUGGCUACACAGACUUCCGUAGACAGACUCUUCUGGCUUACACAGGUAGCCAGGUACUGGAGAGCACCUAUGUCUGUGGCGGUGUUUACCCCAGACGUGGAGUACGCCAUAGCCCGCGCCUACCUCACCUACCUGGUCACCUGCUUCCCUUUCCUGGGCGAGAAAGUGAGCUUCCACUUCACCUACCCGCGUGAGCACCUGCCCAAGGACCUGCCUCUCACCAUUGAGCACCUGGAAGACAAGUGUGACCAGCCGCUGGCCGUGCUCAAGAGGUUACUCAAACAGCGAAGCUCCAAGGUAAGCACUGCACACCCGUCACGGGGGCAAGUUAUGGUCUUGACCCAGGGGAGGGAAGGGUGGGAGGCCCGGGAACUAGAGCAACCAUCGGAGGGUCGUGUCACCGUCAGUCACGACGUCACCAACUUCGAGUUCUUCUACGAGCCUUUCUACGUGGCCAGAGACGAUGUUCCUCCCCAUGAUGAGAGGUUCCUAGGUUACGGUUUUACCAGGAACACCCAGGUGUAUGAGAUGCACGUCUCAGGGUACACCUUCCAUGUCCUCUCCCCUAUCUUCACUCUUCACUGGGGGAUGCAGGUGAAGAGGAGCCGCCCAGCAUGGAGAGAGAAACAGAACAAUGCUAAUCGUCGCUUGUUCGAGGGUUUCAAGAGGGAGGUGUUUGCUAGGUACGGUAAAGACCCUCUGAAUAUGAUGGCUACUAAGAAGCCUCGUAAAGCGUAGCCCAAGACACAACCUGGAGGAAAGGUGUCAGAGGCUUAUAUGCACAAGUCUAGGAUUUACCAGAGCAGCUCUCUCUCGGCGCCCACAUAAAAGGAUUCUUCCGUUGAUGUUUUCUGCUGGGACAAGCAUCUUAGGCUUCGGUUUUCUUUUACCAACAUAUUUUCCAGACUUUCACUAUCUUUGUUUUUAUGUGUUGUGACAAAAAAAUAUUAUUUCUACGUGUUAUCAGGAAACAGAAAACCAAGAAAGUGGUGUUACCUAUACUGACACAAAGAUGUUAAAAAAGUGUAAAAAAUAUGAUAAGAGCAACAGUGUAAAUAAUACAGUAUAGCCAUAGUCCAAAAAAUUAUAAAUGACAAUUUUCUAUGAUAAAAUUUAUUCACGAUCUUAAAUUGUAGGGUAAACAAUGCUGUUCCAAUAAUAAGAGGAGUUUACCUGGAGAGAGUUUCGGGGGUCAACGCCCCCGCGGCCCGGUCUGUGACCAGGCCUCCUGGCUUGCAUUUAAAAACAAAUACCUUAAUUUAUAAGUAAUC